UUAUUUAAUGUUUAAGUAUAAAUUAUAAGUGUGUUAAAAUAACUGUGAUAUUUUAAUUUUAAAAUGGGCGUCCAAGUUGGUAUUGGAAGACAGUUCCUGAUUGCAGGAUGCUUGUACAUUGGCCAGUCAUUGGUUGGUUACAGCAUGGGAUGGACAGCGCCAGUGCUGGCUGAGCUCCAGAGUCCAGACCAGACGGUCCUGGACUCCCCAUUGACUGUAGGACAAGGGUCCUGGGUGGUGUCUGUCUUAUUUGUUGGUACCAUUACAGGUCCCUAUGUGUCUGGGUACCUAUGUAACGUGAUAGGCAGAAAGCCUUGCCUAUACAUAGGUGGUGUGUUCAUAACGCUGGGUUUCAUGAUCCUAGCGCUAGCCAACCAGCUAGCCAUGUUAUAUGCUGGGCGAAUUAUCAUGGGUUUCGGCAACGGAAUGCUAUUCGUCACUAAUCUCGUCUAUCUUGGAGAGUUAGCAUCAACAAAUGUGCGAGGAACAUUGCUAACAUUGACUGGAUUCUCCAGUACAAUGGGAACUCUAAUAGCAUACGUUGUGGGCCCGUACGUGUCGUACGCUGCCCUUGGUUGGCUAGCCGUGGCUAUAGGCAGUGUUUUCCUCGUCACUUUAUUCUUCUUCGUGCCUGAAACCGCUGUCUAUUUCGUUAUGGCCGGUAAAAAAGACGAAGCGAUGGAACUCCUCACAUCACUGGGCAGAAAGGAUGACAUAGAUGAUGUAGUGGCUAAAGCAAAUGAGAAACCAAUGUCAAACAAAGAUCAGAUGGCUGAGAUGUUCACUAUAAAGUCUAAUAGAAAAGCAACAUUUAUUAUUAUCGUUCUAAACAUUUUCCAACAAGCGAGCGGUAUUAUUGCUGUGAUUUCUUUCGCUACAACCAUUUUCGAGUUGACUGGGUCAUCUAUGGAGCCCCAUAUAUCUACCAUAAUUGUGGGAGUAACACAAGUAGCUGCAGGCAGUAUUGCUCCUCUGUUUGUAGAUAAGACUGGACGAAAAAUUCUCUUGUUGAUCUCUACUGCAGCUUGUUCUCUAAGUUUGAUUGCUCUUGGUGUUUACUUCUACCUAUACGACAAUGGUUACGAAAUCGCUGAUGACCUGCAGUGGAUGGCGCUGGUAUCUCUCGUGCUGUACUUCAUCGCUUACUUCAGUGGUUUUGGCAUCAUCCCCAACACCUUCAUCGGAGAAAUGUUCACUGACAACUGCAGAGGGUUCGGUUCCACCUUCACGGUCACUGUUGGAUGGCUUUUCGGCUUUGGAGUGUCAACUGCCUUCGGAUACAUUUUGCCUGCUUGGGGACCAGCAGUCAUCUUCUGGAUCUUCGCUGGCUCUUGUGCCUUAGCCUUCUUCUUCAGCGCAAUAUUCGUACCUGAGACCAAAGGAAAGAGCUUGUUAGAAAUUCAAGAGCUCCUUAGUAAAUAAGCAAACUGUGAUAUUUAAUUUUAGUUUUAUAUUUUUAGUAAGUAUUUAUUUGUUUGUCUGUUUUUAUGUUUGAAAUAAUGAAUGUUAUCGUUUUGAAAACGGGUUAUUGUACGAUUGAUUUGUUGUAAUAAUUUUAGUUCGAUUCUAUGUACAUAUGAUAUGCGUAACUGUAAUAUUCAGCCUGAUAGUUACCGAUCGACCUAUUUCUAACGUCGAUAUAGAUUUUUAAGAUAUUGAUAAGGUCGUUGAUAUGAUAAUGUAUAGACGUGAUAUUGUAUGGAUCAUUUUUAUCUCUAAAGAUGUAUAUAUUAGUUCAUUUAGUGGUUACUAAGCAUCAUUGGAUGCUAUGGACA